AUGAACAGACUAGCGCCUUUAUUUUUCCAAGUUUCUAAAACACUAUUCAAACGUAGGAUCCAUUUGAACAAUCGCAUAUUAAACAAAAGUGAAGGGCAGGGAGACGUACAGAUUGGUAAUCCAUUUUGUCUGAAACCAAUAGAAUAUGAAGCUCGUACAUUACGUAAGCACGACAAUGAUCGGCGACAAAGACUCUACGAAUUCGGCUUAUAUGUUGCUGCCUGUAUGCCCAAGUACGUGCAAAAAAUUCAAAUGCAGCAUACAGAUGAAUUAGAAAUACUCAUCGCUCCGGAAGGAUUCCACCCAGUUCUAAGCUUUCUUAAACUUCACCAUAACGCUUGCUUCAGUACAGUAUCAGCUGCAACUGCCAUAGAUGUGCCUAGUAGAGCAUUCCGAUUUGAAGUUGCCUACACUAUUCGUAGUCUGAGGUUCGCAGAAUAUGUUAGAGUUAAAACGUAUACAGAUGAGCUUACGCCUCUAGAAUCUGCGUAUUCAUUGUGGCAUGGUGUAAAUUGGUUCGAAAGAGAAAUAUAUGAUAUGUUUGGUAUAAUAUUCAUAAAUCACCCGGAUCUUCGAAGAAUUUUGACCGAUUAUGGGUUUCAAGGACACCCUCUGAGGAAAGACUUUCCUUUAACUGGUUACACUGAGGUUCGCUAUGAUGAUGAACUUAAAAAGCUGGUAUAUGAACCAGUCGAGUAUGCGCAAGAGUUCCGUAAAUUUCAAUUAGCAUCGCCUUGGAAUUAUAUGAAAAACUUUCACGAGGGUUAUAAUGAUGAAAAACCUGCGAAACAAUAA